UCUCCGCAAGACUCCAGUGACUCCAUUAAAACCUGAGCAGUUUCUGGCAGCCGGCAGAAGGAAGGAACUAUUUUACAUUACUGAGGCUAGAAGAUUUUGGAGAAGGACCUAUCCUCAUAUUCAAUGUUUUUUAAAAAAAGCUAACUCAAGAUUAUUGAGCCAAAAUAGCUGGGUGGACUGUAAAGCAAUUAUUUUACGAUUGAAUACUACAUCUUUUGGACUCAAAGGAACAAUGGAUACGCCGCUCCCCAAAGCACUGCAGAAAAGGCAAGUGAUCGCCAUUAUUAUUCUGUUACUGUGGUGGGAGGCGGGCAGUGCAACUAUUAAGUAUUCGGUUCUAGAAGAGGGGGAUAGCGGGUCAUUUGUGGCCAACAUAGCAAAGGAUCUGGGGCUGGGCAUAGAGGAGCUGGCCGCACGGGGGGCCCGGAUUCUUUCCAAAGGGAACAAGCAGCAUCUGCAGGUCCAGCAAAAGAGUGGGAAUUUGAUCCUAAAAGAAAAAUUGGACCGGGAGGAGUUGUGCGGUGACACGGAUCCAUGUAUACUGCAUUUCCAGGUGCUACUAAAAAACCCGGUGCAGUUUUUUCAAGGUGAGCUACAGCUCCAAGACAUAAAUGACCAUGCCCCAGAAUUUUUGGAAAGUGAAAUCCUCCUGAAAAUCUCAGAAAACAGCCACCCAGGGACUGCGUUUCCCUUGAAAAUAGCUCAAGAUCUGGACGUAGGCAGCAACACAGUUCAGAACUAUACGAUUAGCACCAACUUCCAUUUCCACCUUUUCACACGCACUCACAGCGAUGGCAGGAAAUACCCGGAGCUGGUGCUGGACAAAGCCCUGGACCGCGAGGAGCAGCCUGAGCUCAGGUUAACGCUCACAGCACUGGAUGGUGGGUCACCACCCAGAACUGGGACGUCCCAGGUUGUCAUCCUGGUUGUGGACGUCAAUGACAACGCUCCUGAAUUUACUCAGCUGCUCUAUGAGGUGCAGGUCCCAGAAAACAGCGCCAUAGGCUCCCUUGUUAUCUCUGUCUCCGCUAGAGAUUUAGAUGCUGGAACCCAUGGGGAGCUCGCUUACUCAUUUUUUCAACCUUCAAAUCAAGUCAUUCAAGCUUUUCAAAUAAACGCAGUUAUGGGAGAAAUUCGAUUAAAAAAACUCUUGGAUUUUGAGGAAAUUCAAUCUUACUCUAUGGAAAUUGAAGCCUCAGAUGGCGGGGGUCUUUCAGGAAAAUGCACCGUAGCCAUAGAAGUGGUGGAUGUGAAUGACAACGCUCCUGAGCUCACCAUGUCACUACUCAUCAGUGAUAUCCCAGAAAACUCUCCUGAGACUGUGGUCGCCAUUUUCGGAAUUUCAGAUCCAGAUUCGGGGGACAAUGGAAAAAUGACGUGUUCCAUCCAGGAUCACCUCCCGUUCAUUCUGAAGCCUACCGUAGACAAUUUCUACACCCUGGUAACAGAGAAGUCACUGGACAGAGAGAGCAGAGCCGAGUACAACAUCACCAUCACCGUCACAGACUUGGGUACCCCCAGGUUGAAAACUGAGCACAAAAUAACAGUGCUGGUCUCCGACGUCAAUGACAACGCGCCCACCUUCUCCAGAACCUCUUAUACCUUGUUCGUCCCUGAGAACAACAGUCCCGCCCUGCACAUGGGCAGCGUCAGCGCCACAGACAGAGACUCAGGCUCCAACGCCCAAGUCACCUACUCGCUGCUGCCGCCCCAGGACCCGCACCUCCCCCUCGCCUCCUUGGUCUCCAUCAACGCGGACAACGGGCACCUCUUCGCUCUGAGGUCACUGGAUUACGAGGCCCUGCGAGCCUUCGAGUUCCGUGUGGGCGCGAUAGACGCAGGUUCCCCCGCGCUGAGCAGCGAGGCGCUGGUGCGCGUGGAGGUCAUGGACGACAACGACAACUCGCCCUUCGUGCUCUACCCGCUGCAGAACGGCUCUGCGCCCUGCACUGAGCUGGUGCCCAGGGCUGCCGAGGCGGGCUACUUGGUGACCAAGGUGGUGGCUGUGGACGGCGAUUCGGGCCAGAACGCCUGGCUGUCCUACCAGCUGCUCAAGGCCACGGAGCCCGGACUGUUCAGCGUGUGGGCGCACAAUGGCGAGGUGCGCACAGCCAGGCUGCUGAGCGAGCGCGAUGCCGCCAAGCACAGACUCGUCGUGCUGGUCAAGGACAAUGGCGAGCCGCCAAUGUCGGCCACUGUCACGCUGCACGUGCUCCUGGUGGACGGCUUCUCGCAGCCCUACCUGCCGCUCCCAGAGGUGGCCCGGGAUGAGGCCCAAACUGACUUGCUCACUGUCUACUUGAUCAUUGCGUUGGCGUCGGUCUCGUCGCUCUUCCUGUUCUCCGUCAUCCUGUUCGUCCUGGUGAGGCUGUGCAGGAGGAACAGGGCCGCCUCGGUGGGUCGCUGGUCGGUGCCUGAGGGCCACUUUCCGGGCCACUUGGUGGACGUCAGCGGCACAGGGACCCUGUCCCAGAGCUACCAGUAUGAGGUUUGUCUCACGGGAGGUUCUGGGAACACCGAAUUCAAGUUUCUUAAACCUAUAUUCCCUGACUUUUUGGUUGAAAAGACUGGUAGGGAUACCGAGGAAAAUGCCCACUUUAGGAAUAAUUUUGGGUUAAAUUAGGAAUCAGAUUUUGAGAAAUCUGAUUAAUGGUAACAUUUACUGAUCUAUAAUUUCCUAACCCUUUCAUGCACAGAAAGUGCUCACAUACUCUCACUUAGUAAUUAUUCUCACUGGCCAGGCCAUAUUUAUAACUUUUUCUACCUGAUGGCACAGUGGUUAAGAGCUUGUCUGUGAACCAAAAGGUUGGCAGUCUGAAUUCACACUCCUUUGAAACCCUAUGGGGCAGUUCUACUUUGUCCUACAGAGUCACUAUGUAUCAGUAUUGACUCCAUGCAAGUGGUUUGGUUUUUGGUUUUUCUACCUGUUUAAGUAUUUUACGUUUUGUCUGGUUUUUGUUAGCCACCUCACAUUUUGCAUGUGUCCAUGAUAGCACAGAAAUGGUUUUUCUUAGGGUUUUAUUUGGUCAGAUCUUUGAAAGUGACCAUUGUUUCCAGGUUCCUGACAGUUCAGCUUGUUCAUUGAAAUCUUAUGGUUGAGAGAUUUGUAUUCUCACUUUUCUGAUAAUCAUCACGAUAAAUCUAGCCAUACUGUAAAUAAUGGCGUUCAGUUUUAAAAAUAAUUUUCAUUUAUGAAAAUCCUUUCUGAUCUUGAAAUUAUUGAUUUCUGUAGUGUUUCGAAAACACUCUAUUGGAUAUUUUAUCUGGAUAUUUUCUAA